UCAUCGGUCCACGUCUACUCUUUCUGCACGCGCGCUACUGGGCCCCUCCAGUUAGACUCCAGCUUGUAAGCGGUAUCCUUUGGGCAUGUCCUUAAGCUGACACAGGCCACGCCCGCAAGGCACCCUUACUCAUCACUGACAUCAUGGAUCGUACAGCGGCGUCGAAGCAACGGCUGUCUGCCAAGCAACAGAAGCAGCCUCAACCUGCUGAGCAACAAAGCCCCCCUGCGCCACUGUUUUCUGGGCCGAAUCUUCAGAAGAACCUCGUCGCUGUAAACCACAGUCGCACAUACCUUGCGAUUAUAGCAGGUGUGGUGGCUGGUAUUUUAGGUCUGACAGGAAUUUCGGGUUUUCUUUGCUACGUCUUUAUUAUGGCCCUAGGGGCUGUCGCCCUUUUUAUCAAGACUGGGCUUCACAUAAACAAGUACUUCGACACCUGGCAACGAAUUGGUGGAAUGGAUGGCCUCACGCAUGGUGCCAUGUCUUUUGUUCUCUUCUGGACGCUUGCCUAUGAUUUCGUUCAUCUUUUUUAAACGCCACCUUGAUCAUUCUCAAUGUACAACUGGAGGCACGAAUGUGCCGUCGAUCAUGAUGAGAUUGUAUAUGCUGUUCCUUUCUAUGCUAAAUAAAAAGUCCCGGUCAAGCACUGCAGCUUCU